UGAGCCGUCUAAACCCAAUAUUUCCCUCUUAAACCACUGCGGCAACAGGUAGGGCUUUUACGUGCAUCUUUCUCUCUCAUAACAAAGACAGAAAUGGCGAAAACAAAGAGCGUGGAGAAUGCAGAGAAGUUGGUGGAGAAAAACAUGAAAGGAAACGAUGCCUCUCAUGAUGCAUCGCACGUGUCGAGGGUCAGGGAUCUUGCUCUCUCCCUCGCCCGUGAGGAAGGCUUAUCUUCUAACCCCGAUUCCAUGGAAAUCGUAGAGCUUGCUGCACUUCUUCAUGAUAUAGGUGACUAUAAAUACUUGAGAGAUCCAUCUGAAGAGCAAAUUGUUGAGAAAUUUCUGGAGGAAGAGGGUGUGGAUGAAAUAAAGAAGAUGAAGAUCUUAGCAAUCAUCAAGGGGAUGGGUUUUAAAGAGGAACUUGCAGGACAUACGACUGAUGGAUUUUCUCCAGAAUUCGGAGUUGUGCAAGAUGCUGAUCGUCUUGAUGCAAUUGGUGCAGUUGGUAUUGCUCGCUGUUUUACUUUUGGUGGAAGUCGGAACAGAGUGCUUCAUGAUCCUACCAUUCUCCCUCGUUCAGAUUUGUCCAAGGAACAGUACAUGAAGAAAGAAGAGCAGACCACUGUGAAUCAUUUUCAUGAGAAGCUUCUCAAAUUGAAGGAUUUGAUGAAAACUAAGGCUGGGCAGAAGAGGGCUGAGAGUAGGCACAAGUUCAUGGAGGAAUUUUUGAAAGAGUUCUAUGAUGAAUGGGAUGGACGAGCUUGAGCUAGGUAAACUUUUUGAUUUCAAGUAAUUUUAGCCAACGAUUUUUUUUAUAUGAACAGGAUACUAAUGUCAGAAAAUUUUUGUGUUGAAUUACUGUCCGGUGUGGUGGUCGAUUAGUGUCUUAGAUUUGCAUUUGACCCGCAUAGCUCUAGUAUCUGAUGCUUAUUUCAAUGUCAACCUUCAUAAUAAUCAACUGGUAUCAAACCAAGCAAAAAAGUCUUUGUCUUUGAUAUUGCACUCAUUUUACUUUCAAUGGCUUUGUUCUUUGUCCACUUGAGGGUGCAGGUACCUGCUAAGAGCAGAACAUGGAACACAUUACCACAAGUCUCAGGACUAGGGGGGUCAUCCCCGCGCGUCCUAGUUACUUGUCGCAAAUUACCUGGCUAGACUAUUUAUCUUGCCCCAACCAAACUACUUAAUUAAGCUAAAGUUGCUUGCCCAAUCAUUGCUGCUCAAAUACUGCUUAUUCUGUUAUUUAGUACACAUACUAGUAGAUUUUGUCAGGAAGAUUAUCCUGAAUAAAUGAGUACUCAAUUAAGUAAAGACUAGAUGUAUGCCUAUUGUGAUUGAUGAGAUGUUGUAAGUUCAUUAAUUUGCGAUGAAAUAUAUGUAUUUUGCAUUUUGGAUGUUUUGUUAA